CAUUCGCGUUAUGCGAGGUUUAUACGCCACCUUUUUUGUCUUUUCUUAAUUUUUUUUUUCUUUCUCAAUACCAGGUAAAACUGUUUUGUGACCAGGACACCCACAACCCUUUGGGAAACAGUAAGCACAACAGAGUUUAUAAGGGACUGUCCACCUGGGAAGUCAUCAUGAAGCACAAGGAUUACUUGAAAUUGCCCAAACUCCCGGCGAACAGAACCAUCCAAACCACUUUUCGCGAGCAGCAGGAGAUUGAAGACAGUGGAUCACGCAUGGUGUUCGUCUUGGACGUGUCGCAGAGCAUGAGAUACGGGCGCAUGGACUACCUGAAGACCGCGGUGCAAAACAUUAUCCGUUAUUCUAUCUACGACGGUGAGAUCGUAGGGCUCAUCAGCUUCCACGCAUCAUGCAAAGUCGAGCAUCCGCUGGCCUCGCUGAACAACAACACCAGAGAUGCUCUAGCGGCUGUCGUCAGGCGACUGCGGCUUAGCGGAGGAACGUCCAUCGGUUGCGGUCUCCAGCUGGCCAUUAAGGAGCUCGAAGUCAACGGCACGAGUUCCGCCGGGAGCACGAUUAUUCUGGUCACCGACGGCGAAGAGAACCGCGAUCCCAGCGUUGCCGACGUCCUGCCGGACCUCGUAAGCAAGUCGAUCAAAGUGCACACGUACGCUCUCGGACCUGAAGCCUCACGGAAGCUGGAGCAGAUCGCGGAAGAUACGGAUGGCACGGCCUACUACUUCGGCGACUUCCAGAACAACACGAUCGCUGCCCUGGGCUCGGCCUUUCUGGUGUCCGUGACGUCCCACCUGGACACUAUAAACCAUCCGAUCAUUUUGCUGGACAAGACGGCGUCUUUUAGGACCGCCGAGGAAUUCCCGUUCACGGUCCCGAAAGAACUCGGCGCUAACACCAAGAUAUCCAUUACAUCGCUAUCCGCACAAAAGUUCGACUUUUAUGUGACGGGCGCCAACGGUCAAAACUGCACUGACUGCAACAAAGAGAUCGGAGACCAGCUCGAGAUAAUCCACAUACCGGAGACCAAAGCGACAACCCUCUGGACACUGGUUUUGAUACCACAGGCGGGUACCGCCUCCAACGUCACUGUUACAGUGCAGUCGACGCAGCGAAAUCCCAAGGACCAUCCAAUCAGAGCCCAGAGCUUCGUUAAGGAAGACAAAAGUAAAAACCAGGUCACAAUCUACAGCAGGGUUUUCAAAGGAGACCGUGGUGUCCUGAGGGCGGUCGUCAUCGCCACCGUUACACUGCCAGGAUUGAACGGGACGACCUUCCUCCACCUCAAGGACAACGGGCUUGGAGCCGACGAGACGAGAAACGACGGCGAGUACUCGGCUUACUUUUCGCACCUCGUCGGCCAAGGACGGUACAGCGUCAGGACCGACGUCACGACGAAGGAGGACACGCUGCUGACCCUCCCGAGAUCUACAGCCAAGCCUGGCAGACUUCGCGCCGGCCUGCUUGAGCUCGGUGAGGAACCCGGGCAAGCGGCUCAGGAAAUCUCUGCGGAGCAACCUGAGAGAGCGGAGAUUAACAUGGUGGUGUAUGCCGGCGCCGUCAACAUACUGCGACACAUCACACGAGAAGACCUGAACCCUGCCGACGUUCGGGACUUGAGAGUGGACAACGUGACAGUAGAUGGCAAAAAUAUCACUGCCACACUAUCGUGGACGUGCAUGGGUGCCCAUCUGGACAGUGGGCGUGGUAAGCGGAGGUUCUAA